AUCGUGCUGCUGUGGUUUGCUUUCAGUUUCGAAAUUUCAUUUUCAACCUUUUGCACGAUUUUAAGUCAAAAACAAUUUUUAAUAUCAAUCGUAUUGUACAAAUUGUACGUAUGUCAAUGUAAAAAAUGGCGGUAGCGCUUGUUAGUUCGGCUCGUCAGGUCGGGAGGCUAACGAAUGCUGCCAGGAGGUUGUAUUCCGAUGUUUAUCCUAAAAUAACCACUCAUUACACCAUCCACCCUAGAGAUAAGGAUCCAAGAUGGAAAGAAAUAAGUAUGGAGCGUGUCGCAGAGGAAACAGACAUCCUGAUCAUUGGUGGAGGCCCUGCUGGCAUGGCAGCUGCCAUCAGAGCUCGACAGAUCGCUGAGGAGAAGGGAGCUGAAGUUAGAGUUACUUUACUAGAAAAGGCUGCUGAAGCUGGGGGCCACAUACUUUCUGGCGCAUGUGUGGAUCCAAUAGCACUUAAUGAGCUGAUUCCUGAUUGGCAGGAGAAGGGUGCUCCAAUCAAUACACCCGUUACAUCUGACAAGUUUGGUUUCUUAACCAAGAGUGGACGAAUACCAAUUCCAGUUUUUCCUGGUUUACCAAUGUACAACCAUGGCAACUAUGUAGUAAGACUUGGGCAUUUGGUGCGGUGGAUGUCGGAGCAGGCAGAAGCAGCCGGUGCAGAGGUGUGGCCAGGCUGUGCAGCUGCUGAUCUAAUAUACCGCGAUGACGGCUCCUUGAAGGGCGUAGCAACUGGAGACGUGGGUAUUGCCAAAGAUGGCAGUCCGAAGGAUAUGUUCGAGCGAGGCAUGGAGUUCCAUUCCAAGAUUACCAUAUUUGCUGAAGGUUGCCACGGCCAUCUAACGAAGACGCUAUCAAAGAAAUAUAAUCUCAGAGAGAACAGCGAGCCUCAAACUUACGGUAUCGGUCUAAAAGAGCUAUGGGAAGUGCCAGCUGAGAAACACCAGCCAGGUUUGGUCGAGCACACCAUUGGAUGGCCACUCAACAAGAACACGUAUGGUGGUUCUUUCAUAUACCAUCUCAAUGUCUCCGAAGGUGAAUCGCCACUAGUGGCCGUGGGGUUUGUCGUGGGGCUUGAUUAUAGCAACCCAUACCUCAGUCCCUUCAGGGAGUUCCAGAGAUUCAAGCUGCACCCAUAUGUGAAGACCAUGUUUGAAGGUGGCACCCGCGUGGCGUAUGGCGCUCGAGCGCUGGUGGAGGGCGGAUGGCAGUGUCUGCCGAAGCCCGUAUUCCCGGGCGGGUUACUGGUCGGCGAUACAGCUGGCUACCUCAACAUGCCCAGGAUUAAGGGCACCCACAAUGCUAUGAAGAGUGGUAUGCUGGCGGCCGAAGCGGCUGUGGAUCUGAUAUUGUCAGGGGAAGCGACGCACGAUAAAGGAAUUGUGCCAACGUUGUAUGAGGACAAAUUAAAAGACUCAUAUGUUUAUAAGGAAUUGAAGCAAGUACGCAAUUGUCGCCCGUCUUUCCAUACGAAGCUGGGUUUAUAUGGUGGAAUCGCGUACUCCGCAUUCUCAACAUUUGUCCGUGGCAAAGAACCAUGGACCUUCAGUCAUGCCGGUGCGGAUCAUGCCCAACUAAAGCCAGCUAAGGAAUGCACGCCGAUAGAGUACCCCAAGCCUGACGGUGUUAUCACUUUCGAUCUAUUGUCCUCGGUUGCCUUAACAGGUACAAAUCACUUAUGCGAGCUGUGGACUUAACUCUCUGCGCGAUGACCCGUCCCGUUAAGAAUAUAUGGUGUGUUCGAUGGACCCGAAGCUCGUUUCUGUCCAGCAGGUGUAUACGAAUUCGUACCAUUGGAGAGCGGCGAAGGCCAGAGAUUACAGAUCAACGCACAAAACUGUAUACAUUGUAAGACUUGUGAUAUCAAGGAUCCGUCUCAGAAUAUCAACUGGGUAGUACCUGAAGGUGGCGGCGGCCCCGCCUACAAUGGAAUGUAAAUGCACACUAGCAUUGCAUUAUUAUAAACCUUAUAGAUACCAAGAUUAUGAUAUUAAAUCACACGGAUGCUUCCAAACGAUAAGACCUUUAGCUUAUAUAAAUUUUUAUCAUGGUAACUAAUAAAA